AUGGAUGUACGUGCCGAAAAUAAACCAGAAACGCCCGCGAGCAGCUUCUCUGUUCAGGCUGCCCAGUCUCAGACUGAAGACAAGACGUCGAGCCCUGCCAUGACAAGCGAGGAUGCAAAAGUUGCCAUUCCCGUGCCCUGGGAUAGACUUCUGCUAUGGGUCCAGCGGCAAAUAGCUGUCGAGAUGCAGACGGGCCAUCCGGUUGCGUUGACGCCGCCUCAACUACAAGCCUUGUCACAGUUUGUUCCGUUCAACGUCGAGCCCGACGUGAGCGAUCACGAUUACAUUAGCCAGUUGAUGCGUCACGUCGACGACAACAACUCCCGGGAACCUUGUCAACGUGAAGCGGUCACAUAUCUCGCCCUUGCAACUGCCAAGGCCGCAGAUUCCGCAGACGACGUCUCCUCUGAACUUGCAGCCGCACCUACACUCGCGACUGAACAUGGCAUGUUGCCGCAGACAAACGAUGCCGGCGCCUGCCCUCCCAGCAGCUCGUCUGUCUUCGAAAAGGUUUCAAGCCUCUCCAGCCGCUUGGCCCUCGACAGUCCAAGGUACAAGAUCGAGCCCGACCCGGCAGGAGGUGGCUUGUUCCGCGGACGACCCGUCUUUAGGAACGACGUGCGAAUCCCCCCGGCGCUAGGCGUUGUUACCGGCAUCGCCGACCAGGACCAGGCGAGGUUGAAGGUGGCGGAGGGAGUGCUGGACUGGCUGCAGGCCGAAUUGCAGAGGAGGCAGGAUACGUUUGAGAGCUUGUGGUCGAGUGCGGCCUAG